AUGAAAGUCUUAGUUGUAUUUUUACUCUUUGGAGCCAGCUUUGGUAAAUAUCCUCGUCAGAUUACAGCUCCAGAAUUCUUAGAUCACUAUAUUUCUGGAAGUAGUUUGGCAUAUUCUAUUAACCACGAGAAAUGUAAAGAAUACCCAAACGUUAACAACAUUACCCUUUACUCGUUUACCAGCGAUAUACUGUACGGUUAUGUCACAGUUCAUCCCUCAAAGAAAUGGUUAUUCUCGUACGGUUUUGAUCAAGAAGUGGAUGGAAAGCACUUAAACUUAUCUGGUCCAGCUUUACGUUAUACUGGAUUUACCUUAGAUGAUUCUGGAGAUGAUGCUAUUAUUGGACUGAAUGAUGUCAACCCGAAAUUCUACAAAUCCUUGGCGCGAGCACAAAUGUAUUGCAGCGUUUCACAAGGACUAACAUUAACUGCAAGAACACCAAAAGGAGUACCAUUAACCACCUUCAACGACAUAAGGAACGCUAUUAAGGCGGAAUCAAUUUUAUAUUAUGCGUUUGAUUACUAUCAAUGUUCACCCAAAACACUUCCGAACUCUUCACAGUGGUUUGCUGGAAGAAUUUUUGGAACACGAAUGUCACCAAAGGGCAAAAUAGUAUUUUCCUCAAGAACUGUUAGUUUGGGUUUCGUCACAGUUUUACAGGACAACAUGUUAAAUGCGACUCCUGACUAA